AUGCCGGCGACCAACCAGGGCUGGCCGGAGGCGUUCGGCUUCUCCAUCGGCGGCCGCGGGCCCUGCUACGUCCUCUGGGUGGAGGAGGGCAGCAGCGCGGCGGCGGCGGGCCUGCGGCCGGGCGACGAGGUGCUGGAGCUGGAGGGGCAGCCCGUCGCCUCGCUGGGCCGCCCGGCGCUGCUGGCGCUAGCCCGGCGCUGCGUGGCGGUGCCCCCCAGCAUCGGCGUGCUGUCCCGCCUGCAGCGCGCCGACCUCCCCCCGGGGCCCCGCGGCCGCUUCGGCUUCCAGCUGGCGGGCGGCAGCCCCCCGCGGGUGGCCAGCGUGGCCCCCGGCUCGCCCGCCGCCGCCUGCGGCAUCGCGCCCGGGGACCUGGUGCUGGAGGUGGACGGCGUGCCCGUGAGGUGCCCCGCGGCCGCCGCAGCCUUGGUCGCCUCCUGCGGCGGGCGCGCUCUGCGCCUGGGGCUGCUGCGGCCCCAGCGGGACCUGGGGCCCAGCACUGAUGCUGUGCGCCAGGAGAGGAAGCAGAAGGCGCGGGAGUUCAGCAAAAAGGUGGACGACAUCCUGGGGGACCAGCCGGAGCUCAAGGAGAAGGUGUUCACCGUGCUGAAGCAGUACGCGGCGGAGCGCAAGGUGGAGUACCUGGCCUCCUCCCUCUGCAUGGUGCUCACGCAGGAGUCCCACCAGCACCUCAUGGACAGCAUCAGGAUUUUCAUCCCCAAGAAGCACCGGCAGCGCUUCGACGAGGUGGUGUCGCAGAGCCUGAUCAGCAAGCUGUGCCGCUCCAAGAGCCAGCAGCACAGCAACCGGCUGCGGCGCAGCCGGAGCGAGGACCACCAGGAGCGGCUCCUCGUGUCCACCCGCGCCAGCUCCGUGCCCCGCAGCCACGAGGAGGUCAGCAGGAGCCUGCGGAAAAGCACCUCGCUCAUCACCAGCAAUGUGGCCUCGGGGGCUGCCCGCAGAACUGUGCGGGUUUAUAAAGGCAACAAGAGCUUUGGCUUCACGUUACGGGGACAUGCACCAGUGUGGAUUGAGUCUGUCCUGCCAGGGAGCCCGGCUGAGAAGGCUGCGCUCAAAGCCGGAGACCGCAUCCUAUUUCUCAACGGCCUGGACAUGAGGAACUGCUCCCACGACAAGGUGGUGUCGAUGCUGCAGGGCAGCGGGGCGAUGCCCACCUUGGUGGUGGAGGAGGGGAUCGUCAACUUCUCCAGCGACUCUGACUCUGCUGACUCCCCGACCGCCUCCUCCGCGCUCACCUCCCUGCAGUGGGUUGCAGAGAUACUCCCCUCUAGCAUCAAGAUUCAAGGGAGGACCUUCCACCAGCAGCUGGAACACCUGCUCACUCCACCUGAGCGCUUUACCAUCUGCAAAGCCCUGGAAAGCUUCUUCCAACAUCGGAAUAUUGACACUCUUAUUGUGGAUGUGUACCCGGUGCUAGACACACCAGCCAAGCAAGUCAUUUGGCAGUUUAUCUACCAGCUGCUGACGUACGAAGAGCAGGAGCACUGCCAGCAAAAGAUUGCCAGGUUUCUUGGUUACAAGUCCUUGGCAGCCGAGCCGGAGGCAGAGGAGCGCUACCGCAGCUCCGUGCGAGGGGCCUCCCUGUGCCGGGGCAGCCUUCGGACCCCCCGCCCCGAGGAAGGGGGGGCUGCAGGUCAGAGUGACACCGUGGAGGUCCCGGUUCGCCUGAUCCCUGGGGAGAGGCAGGCUGGGGAUGGCACGUCCCUGCCAGAGACACCCAACCCCAAAAUGAUGUCGGCUGUCUACGCAGAGCUGGAAAACCGCCUGCUCGGCAGCUUCGCCAGCAAGAUGGGCAGUGCUGCCCUGCACAGGGCAUCGCCUCCGGCCCCGGAGCCAGCGCGCACCGCAGGUUCUCGCAAGUCGGGGAUGCCGGUCUCGUGGCCGAGCGACCCGCUGGCCUCCCAGCAGUGCUACUACCGCCUGCACAGCAGCAUGCCCUCCCCGAGCAGCACCGAGUCCAACCCCUAUGUCAGCCUGGACAGCAGCCCGGCCCCGUCCCCCCGGCACCGGCAGUACCCCCUCAGCCCGCUGUCGCGGCGGAAGAAGCUCUUCACCUUCUCCAGGCCCCCGCGCAGCCGCGACACCGACCGGUUCCUGGAUGCCCUCAGCGAGCAGCUGGGACACCGGGUCACCAUCGUGGAUGAUUUCCUCACCCCUGAGAAUGACUACGAGGAGAUGAGCUUCCACGAUGACCAGGGCAGCUACGUCACCAACGACGUGAGCAGCAGCGAGUACAUCAGCAGCAGUGACGAGGGCAGCUCCCUGACCUACUCCACGCUCUCCGACCACAUCCCCCCGCCGCCGCUCAGCCCCCCUCCGCCGCCGCCCCCCCUGCAGUUCCACGACCCCCAGGCCGUCCCCGCUAAGGCAGAGGCCGCCAAGGCGAGCACAUCGCCUGCCCCCAAGUCCCUCAUCAGCCACCUGCACCCCAUCCCGCCCCCGCCGCCCCCGCCGCCGCCCCCCCCGGUGCCCUGCGCGCCCCCCCUGCACCGGGGGCUGCUGCACCGCAGAAGCGAGACCAACCACAUGAGCGUCAAGAGGCUGCGCUGGGAGCAGGUGGAGAACUCGGAAGGGACCAUCUGGGGGCAGCUCGGGGAAGACUCGGACUACGACAAGCUGAGUGACAUGGUCAAAUACCUGGACCUGGAGCUGCACUUCGGGACGCAGAAACCAACCAAGCCAACUCUCAUGCCUGAAACCUUUAAAAAGAAAGACGUGGUUGAAAUUUUGUCCCACAAAAAGGCCUACAACACAUCCAUCCUGAUCGCCCACCUCAAGCUCUCGCACAUGGAGCUGCGCCAGAUCCUCAUGACGAUGGAGACGGACCGCCUGGAGCCUUCUCACAUCAAGCAGCUCCUGCUCUACGCCCCGGACGGGGAGGAGGUGCAGCGCUUCCAGAGCUACAAGGAGAACCCCAGCAAGCUGAGUGAGCCGGACCAGUUUGUGCUGCAGAUGUUGUCAGUACCAGAGUACAAGAUCCGUCUGCGCAGCCUACAUUUUAAGACCACCCUGCAGGAGAAGACGGAGGAGAUCAAAGCGAGCUAUGAGUGCAUCUGCAAGGCCUCUCUGGAGCUGAAAAGCAGCAAGAAGCUGGCUAAAAUCCUGGAGUUUGUGCUGGCAAUGGGAAACUACCUGAACAACGGGCAGCCCAAGACCGGCAAAACAACAGGCUUUAAAAUCAACUUUCUCACUGAGCUGAACACAACCAAGACUGUUGAUGGGAAAUCCACCUUCCUGCACAUCCUUGCCAAAUCACUUAGCCAACACUUCCCAGAGCUCCUGGGCUUUGCCAAGGAUCUUCCUACAGUGCCGCUCGCUGCCAAAGUGAACCAGAGAACGCUGACGGCUGACCUCAAGGACCUCCACACCACCGUCAGCGACAUACAGGUGGCCUGCCACAACAUGCCCGCUACCGCAGAGGACAGAUUUGCAAUUGUGAUGACCUCCUUUCUGGAGAGUGCCCAGCCCGCCAUGCGCUCGCUGGAUGACCUGCAGCACAAGGCCAUGGAAGAAUUCAGCAAGGUGUUGUCCUUCUUCGGGGAAGACUCUAAAAUGACAACUUCGGAAUCUUUCUUUGGCAUUUUUGCAGAAUUCAUGAGCAAGUUUGAGCGGGCACUCACUGACGUGCAGGUCGGUGAGAGCCAGCGCAGCCCCAGGAUGACAUCCCCCCUUGCCUGGUGAGAGGCCGAGGCAAUGCAAGGUGCAACAGUUUAUUGCCAACAAAGUGCAAUUUGCUCCCGUUGAGUUUGGUUGUAAAUACACUGCUGCCGCCUGCUACCACCGAGCAGAACCGCAGGCCGAGGGGCCGGGGCAGCUCGGACACUGAACGGGCACCACAGAAGGUCACAGAUGGAAGCGAGGGUGAGGCACGGGCACAGGAAGGCAAACACCGCCUUGGUUUGAUGACAUCCUUCUUAGCAUCCUUUAUUUCAAGUGUAUGACAGAAUCAAGGGCUUCAGACACACCCAGGUAGAACCCCGCUGCCCUGUGUCCCCACAGCACACAGACCUGGCACCAGCAGUCGCGGGAGCCCUGUCCCC